UGGAUUAUUUACAAAUGGCUGAUGUUACUUGACAACUUUCUUGUCUUCUUGUUCUUCGGGUGUACAUUUUGCUCUAGAAUCUCUAUAAGCAUACUACACUACACGGUUUCCUUAAUCACAUGAGCUAUGGAUCCAGUUUCCUUAGAUAGCAUUAUGAUUACUGAAGAUUGUGAUGGUGAUGGAUUUGAUUUAAAUAUUGUUGAUCCACCAGGGGAAUUCAAAUCGCAUGAUAAUGAUGAAAUUAACAUUUUUCAAAAUUUAAAUGAUGUUCCAAUAGAAUCAUCUAUUGAAGAAAAGUCAGACCUGAAUAAUGGUGAAAGCAUAGAGGUAGAAAAUAAUGAUACUCAUAUUACUUUGGAUACUGACAGUGUUGGUAAAGAUAACAUUGUUGAUUUGCUUGGUUUUCAUGAUGGUGAUGGUACAUUUAAAGACAUCAAAUCUUUUGGAGAAACAACAUUUGAAAUUUCAACUCCAAUAAAUGUUGAAACAUCAAUUCAAGUUGAUGAAGGAAACUCAACACAAGCUUAUACAGAGAUAUUAAGGCAGUCUGACUUAAAUAAAGAAAAUAACAAAAAAAUAAAAACAGCAGAUGAAAAUACUACUGAGAGAAAAGACACCUCAGUUGAUAAGGCUAAGCAAAUUAUUCAUCUAGGUGAAAAGAUAAUAUUUACCACAGAAGAUGAUUUAGAUAUGAUUAAUGUGACUCAACAAGACUCUUCAGAUGUAAAAAUUGAGGAAGACUUACAGGAGGAGACCUCAUUUCCAGAUAUGGGAAUGCAAAGGAUAAGACAAGAUAGCUCCUCUGGCUCUGAAUUUGAUUUUGAACUCCCUCCUGUCAAGAUGAAAAUAGAUGGCACAGGAACAGAAACUGAUACAACAAAACCAUCAAUCAAGGAAAUCAAAUCAGAACAAAAGACAGUAGUCAUGGGAACAUCUCAAACAAGUGUAUCAACAACAGAAAUUUCCUCCACUGUUCAUAGCAUAACAGCAACUGCAAAGAAAAUAAUAGAAUAUAAGGAGGAGUGCAGUUCUAAUGACUUUUCUCAUGCAAGCUCUCAAAAGAAAGCUGCUGAAGAUUGGGAAAAUGUACAGACAAUAGAACCAGGAUUUUUAAAGGAUGGAGAACAGAUUAAACCUUCACUUCCUGAAUCUACACCACUUUUGUCAUACUUUGAAAUGCAGGAGGAAUUUCUUAGAGUGGAAUAUUCUUCUGUGAAGUCAAACAUUCACACAUCAGUUGAAAGACAUGGAUUUUCAGCAUUGAAACAUUUCCUGUUUGGGCCACCAAAAAUGCACAGAAACUUGCAUGUAAACAGAGAGAAAAUCUUUUGUAUAGCUGCAUCAAGUUUUAACAACACUGAUAAACUGCACACAAGAGCUUUACAGACUAUUUAUAGAUGUCUAACAGGUUCUAGAUUUGACUGCAGUAGAUUUGGAAGUCACUGGGAAGAAAUAGGUUUUCAGGGAAAUGAUCCAUCAACAGAUCUGAGGGGAACAGGGUUAUUAGGCUUAAUGAAUCUAAUCUAUUUAUUAAGAGACCCAAAAUGUCAUAUGAUUGCAAAAGAUAUUUAUAAAUUAUCACUUCAUCCAACUCAGAAUUUUCCUUUUUGUGUCAUGGGAAUAAAUAUGUCAAGAAUAACUUUACAAUCAUUAAGAGAAGAUUGUUUAAAUAAAGAAUGCAAUAAAAGGGAAGACGUACUGAAUGUUGUAAAUGACUUUUAUGCAGGAAUAUAUUUACACAUGUACCAACUGUGGAAGUCAAAAGGAAAAACAAUAUCUGACUCUGGAUUUGUUAUCAAACAUUUAGAAACUGAAGCUAAGAAGAAUCCUCACCAUAUUCUUAAGAAUUUAGAAGACUAUAUACGUAGCAGAAAGAGUACCAGUACAGUAAAUUUAGACAAUAUGGAUCCAGGGGGAGAUAACUUUUUAAGUGUAUGUGAAACAGAAGCAGGGCAAUAUUAAAUAUCACAUAUUUUUACAAAUUACUCAAAUGGCUACAGGUUUGCUGACAACUCUUUCUGAAUAUGAAUGAAGGACUGUUUGUUUCACAACCAUUGAUGCCAUGAUAAAAGAGGUUGGAGUAAGCAGAACUUGGAAAUUAGCCCGUCUGUUGUUCACUGUCUUGCAAACUUUACAGACAAAUAAAUCACACUACUAAAACAGUUGAUUGACUUUAUCAUGUUUAUUGGAGAUAUUGUCCUUUAAUGACUAAUUUUACAUAUCAUUUUCCUUUUUGUUUCAGAUCUGCACUUCUGAAACUACUGAAUCAAUUUAAACCAAACAUUGAAUUGUUUCAUAUUUUUCAUGUAGGGGCCUUUUAUAGCCGACUAUACAGUAUGGGUUUUUCUCAUUGUUGCCUAUAAUUGCUUACAUCCACUUCAUUUGAACUUUGGUAGAUAGUUGUCUCAUUGGCAAUCAUACCUCAUCUCCUUAUUUUUAUAUUGACAAGAUUGAUCCGUAGUUUGUCUCAAUUUUAGUUGAUGAUAUAAUACAUAAAGGAAUGACAGGAAAAUAAUACCUUUUCUAUAAAUUCUUUUCUCUAAUUCUUACACGAUUUAUCCUUUUCCUGACCUGUUGAUUCUAUUUAGUCAACGUGUGGUUCCUUUGAUCUCAGUUCUUCAUUGGUCAAAAUUCGAUUAUGACAUCAAAUUUUCUUGCUUUCCUCUGAAUUUCCUAUUUUGACGUCAUGAAAAAAGGCGACCAUGCCUGAUGAAGUCACAUAGAAAGAACACAUCUUUUUGCAAAUCAUUCGAAAAGAAGGAUUGAGUUUGUCUGCAUAUUGUUUAAAAAUCAUUAGAGAAACAGAUUCCACCACAAAAUCUUGUGCAAUACGAUAUUUCUCCACUCUCAACAGUUAAAUUUUAAAUAUUUAACUGUCUCUAGUGGAUAAAUAUCGUAUCACACUCAAUACAGUGGUAGAAUCUAUAUUUAAUGGUGUGCUCUAAUUUUUUAUUUAUUUCAUUCCAAUCAGAGGAUAUAAUCAAGUCAGACUAACUACCUCACAUUAUCAUUAUACAUUUUUGUUGGGAUAAUUUCCUCAAUUAUGAUGUUGAUAAAGACUAAGGGAUGUUUGUGUAAUGGAUAGGCUUUUCAAACUUACAUUUGUUUGUUGUUUCUUUUUGAAACAUACCAUUUUUUACAGAAACUACAUAUUGUUUUGUGAUAAUUUAUUUUGUAUUGACUUUGUAAUUAUUAUGUACAAGUAGUUACCUUGUCGUCCAUGUUAGUGAUAUAAAUAUUUUUAGUUUACUCAUAUGCUGAUUAUUGUUACAGUAUUUAUAUAUGUUAUCAUUUUUGCAAAAGAAUUGUUCCCUAGUACAUUGUACUUAUACAUAAAAGAUUUAAUUUGUUAGUGGUUGAUAUAAUAAAACAGUUGUAGAAAAUAGACUGUGCCCCCUAUGUAAUAUAUAUAUAUAUGUGGAAGAUGGAUUCCAUUUUGUUAUACUUUGCACACAACUAAAUAACUAUAGAAUUAAAAUGUCAAAUGAAAUUUCUGAUAUUGUUCCUUGUUUUAAUUCAACGAGUUAUGAGAAAAAAAUGAUUUGAAGUUUUUCUUGUAAACAAUAUGACAUAUUGAUGAUCAGUGUUAAUGGCAUAGGUGAGUUGUACAGUAAGAGAACCAACAUUGAUUAUUGUGCAUGAACUGUGUAUUUUACAUGUAAGAUUCUUUAGGAAUAGGCCUUUUUUUAUUUUGAAUAACCUUGUAUAUCAACAAAUAUUGUUAAUCGAAUAUUUUUAAGGAUUUGUGAUUCGUUAAAACUUGAUCAAAUUGUAAAUUUGUAUUUACUCAGUUU